AUGUUACGAGCUCAGGUUCAUCAAGACGACGACACUGACGAGCUACACGACUUUAUUGCAGUUACUGUACCAUUGUCGCCUUCUACUGAGCAGGAAAAAGAGUCGCUGUGUCGAAUAGAUGAGGAGUUUUUAUGGUUAUUGUUGUUAGCAGCUGUGGCCGAGUGCGUAACCACGUGCUUUAUGCCGGGGUACACUCUGUAUACAUGGGGUCUAAACGUCGAUGGCACGGUAUUAAACUGGAUCGGACCAUUUCUCGAUGGAUUAUCAUAUGGUUAUGAAGAUUAUUCUAAAGGUUCCGAGACGUCACUUGUCUGUGUGCAGUUUCGAUCCGCGUUCUUAGGGGUCCUUACGUCGUACUCGUUCAUGGCUGAUCAUGCUGGAGAUUUGAGCAGUCAUAGCUUUGCAGCAGGACCGCUCUACAUCUGUGUGUCAAUUGGAGGAGGCUGUGGAUGUUUCUGCUUGGGCAAACAAGUGGCAGCAGCUUCGUGUACGCACCCGGUCACUGCUACAGUGAGUCGGGUCGUAGGUACGAUGAAGAACCGACCAUCGUUAAUGACGAGUUUGGUUACUUUUGUUGGAGUGACGACGUUGAGAGCGGCGUUAGGGGCACAUGGAUUCGUUCGGGACCCAAAAGAUCCACAAUUUAUUGGACAAGUGCAAGUAGCAGACGGUGAAGAGCUGGUGCUUGGAAUGUUAAUGUCGUGCAGUGCAGUUUUAUUGUCGAACUACGUCUGUGGGUUCUUUCCGCGACAACCAUUACAGUUGCACACCGCUAUUUCGCGUAGUAAUGGGGUAUUCAUCGAUUGGGGCUGUCUCUGCUGCAACUUUCUAGCUUCGGUUCUCGCGGGGUUUACAUACCAGCUCAGCCUACUUUCGUCCACGAGAGUGACGAAAAACCUCCUUGCGCUCAAGUUUGUGAGCUCCUUUUGUGGAUCACUGUCAGUCUUCUCAGGGGCAGUUAGCAUUAUCUCGCGAUUAUGGCUUGCGGGUAAUCGACGGUCUGCAUUGUGGAACUUCCUCUUGCAGCUGCUUGUUGGACUGGUGUGCAUACCGUACCUUUACAAACACGUCGCCACGUAA